AAAUUUCGCGGAUAUCAGAUCAAUGGCUGGAUCUAGUGAUCAAGUUGUGCCGUACAGUGCCAGUUGGUUUUGGGGUUGGUUUUCAUGGUCUCCAAUGUCAUCCACACUCCUAAGGACAGCUGAGAAAAAGAUUUUAUCUUGUUUAAAAACACCGUACCGCGGCUGGUAUGUGGACAUUGGAUCUGUUGUGGGGAAGUCAGAUAAAAUUUGGACAAUAUCUCUGAACACGGAGUCAAAGAAAACCCCUAUUGUUUUGUUGCAUGGUCUGGGAGGAGGUGUCGCAAUCUGGUGUUUGAAUUUAGAUGCCUUGGCUGCUACUCGACCUGUUUACGCCAUAGAUCUUCUCGGUUUUGGCAGGAGCUCAAGGCCAACCUUCAGUUCAAAUGCUGAAGUAGCAGAAACACAGUUAGUCAACUCUGUAGAAGAAUGGAGACAGGAAAUGGGCCUGGAAAAAAUAAUCCUUCUCGGACACAGUUUAGGUGGUUUUCUGGCAACAUCCUACGCGAUAAAACAUCCUGACAAUGUGAAACACCUGAUUCUAGCAGACCCAUGGGGAUUUCCUGAAAAACCCAAAGAUCCUCCAAAGUGGAAUGCUCCUCUCUGGGCUAGAGCGAUUGCCUCUAUGGUGCAACCUUUGAAUCCUCUUUGGGCAGUUCGCUUUGCAGGACCCUUUGGUCCAUGGUUGAUUCAGAAAGUACGCCCUGAUCUUAGCCGAAAGUUUGCUCCUAUUCUAGAAGAUGAGGAUACUAGUGUUGUCAGCUCUUAUAUCUUUCAGUGUAAUGCUCAAAGUCCUACUGGGGAGAGCGCUUUUCACACUAUGAUGGAUGGUUUUGGGUGGGCGAAGAACCCAAUGAUCAGAAGAGUAGAUGACCUGAAAGAGAGCGUGCCGAUCACAUUACUGUAUGGCUCCCGGUCUUGGGUUGAUAAAUCUCCCGGUGAGAAGAUACGUGAAAAUCGUAGCAAAGAUGCCUAUGUUGAUAUACAAAUGGUGCAAGGAGCCGGCCACCACGUUUAUGCUGAUAAAUACGAGCUGUUCAACAAGUACGUCAUUGAGGCUUGUCAGAAAGUGGACGAAUCCGAUGAUUCGUGAGAUCCAAAUCACAAACCUUUCUCUCUCUCAUUGACAGAUCAUUCUUGGUUGUGUACUAGAAGGUCGAAAAAUCACAUCAUUUGAUAUCUACUUAUUCUUCUUCACUAGUAGGUUUUACAUUAACUGGACUACAUUUUGCAACAAGGAACUACAAUUUCUGGCUAUUUUCACAAACAAUUUAUUUCCCAUCAGUUCCUCCAUACAGAUAGGUGCUUUUUUGGAUGAGCUAGAAAUAGUAAUUCCUUAUUGCAAAAUGCGGUCCAACUGUUUGCAACUGUAAUGCACUUUAAAAUGGACUCCAUUUUGCAAUAAGGAAGUAUUGUUUCUGGUUCAUCUCAGAAACAACAUAUGUGCGAUGUGCUAUCAGUUUCUGUAUGCAGAUAAUUGCUUUUAUCAGAACCAGGAAUAAUAGUUCCUUAUUACAGAAUGCAGUCCCAAUGAAGCUAUGGAAAUUCAGUGCAAGCAAUUCUAAUCAUAUAGGACUUCUAGUGUGAGUUUUUAUUAUUCCUUUUUUUUUGUGUAAAUUUAUAUUUCCUGCAAAGAUGGUAGUUUUAAACUCGGCAAUCAAGGCUUUGAAUGCUUCUAGCAAGCUGAUCUGCAACAUUUUUUGAUAAUGCCAUUAGCCGACUCUGUAGUGAGCUAUCAAAAAACCUUUUUUUAAUUCAUGUUUGAAAAUACUACAAUAAUUUAACUUAUCUCUGUAACUCAAUCAGAGUUAGUGACUUGAAACAGAAACUGAUCAGAAUGCUGGAUGUUUUAUAGUGGGAGUUUUAUUAUUUAAAAUUGGGAAUGGAUCAUCAGUCAGAAAAAUUAAUGCAUUGCUAUGCAACAGAGGGUUAAAUCAUGCUCAAAAUUUGACAUACUCCUCAGGAGGUAACAUCUACAGCUCUAAAUGUCAGAUCAGACUUAUAGAAAUGUAGCAAACUUUUACGACAAUAAUUAUAACAAAGAUACACCGAGUGAAACUUUUGGAAAAUCACAUUCUAUGAAAGCGAAAAGGUAAAUCAUCACCUUUUCAGAUGGAAUUGAUAUUUUUCAGACUUUUGCACCAAAAGUUUUAAGAAUUAAUUUUAUGCAAUAGUGUCAAAUGUUCAAUGAGCUUGUUCAGAGUUCAAAUUAAAUUUUACUUGUUUUCAAUUAAUUUUUUUGUUUCAAUUUUAAAGUAUCGCAUUUUUGAAAAUUAGUGCGUGUACUUAGUUCACACGCAUUUUCCUAGAUAUUUUUGAACUUUAGGAACCCACAGAAAACAAAAUCAAAGCUCUGUAUUCUGACCUACUAUUUCAACGGGAACUGUAGAGAAAACCAAAAUGGCAUUCAAGAUUAUUCCUCUAGCUGCAGGUAUAAUUUUGACCAUGUGCCCUUCUGCUGCACGCACAAUUUUGACUGUACGACUCCUUUGCAGGGAUGAAUGGCCCGUACAGCUGUUAUCAAAGCACGACUACACAGACCGGCACAAAAGAGUAACAGAGGGGUUGCACAGUCUAAAGUGUACCUGUUGCUGUUGCCUUCCUGGUCCUCUAAACAAUGGGCGUUUGAAUAAGAGUUCAUAGUAUCUAACUUUGAAAUCGGUUUUAUAGGUUGAAAAAUCCUGAAAAAUGUGUGUGCUUUAUGUGCAUUCUCUAAUUUUCAAAAAUGUACCACAUAACCAAAAAUUACUGAACAAGCUCAUUUUACUAUUGUCGCAUCAAGACUCCUUUUCCUGUGGUACAUCACAAUUUGAGUAUUCACAUUAUGGAACUAAGUCAAGUCUCUUUGUCAUUGAAAAUGAAAUACAGAAGCUGUGAAUUUUUAUUAUGUCAAGUAUUUCGCUCUCAGGGUAUUAUUUGUAGUGAAAACUGAACCCACCCAUAUGCCUGUUUUGAAGGUUGCGCUAGCUCAGUCUUUUUUGAAAUGCCUCAUAAAUAGUCCAAAUUUUAAAUCCAAACUUUUUUAUCCUUUUUUAACCCUUUCUUUCAUGUUUACUUUUGUCAUUUCCAUUGAAAAUUGAAUCCUUUUGCACACAGCCCCUCUUUUAUGGACAAAUAACCCAGUUCUUCAUUUUUAAUGCCCCUGUUUAUUCAAAUUUAAUGGUAUUUUGAUCUUGAUCACACAUAGUCUUUUUUUAUUCAAUGGCUGAAUUUUUGCAACGUGAAUGGAAGCUCUCAGAGUUGCAAUAGAAUAAAACGUGUGUUCGUGUUGUUAAGAUGGUGCAAAAACUCAUUUGAUUAUAUUGUUUAUUUGUGUUAGUAGAUUUUAUUUUAUUUUAUUGCGGUAGGCUAAGUUGGUUUUCUUUCUGUGUUGCCCUCCCAAAAAGUAAUCAAGUACUGUGAUUCAAAGCAGAGUUGUUGAAUGAUCUGUAAUUCAUUGCGCGUUAAGGUUAUUUCAUAAGGCAGGAAAAAUUGCACGAUCCCAGUAAUAUUUUAUCAGCAACUCUGGAACCGUCUAUUUUGACCGAUUAAAAUUUUAUUUCUGUUGAUUUUUUCAUUUUGUUAAAGUUAUUAUUGGCGUUCCUUGUGGAAUAAGAGUUUUUACCUUCUACCAUAGGAAGUUUUUGUAAAAUAAAAAACAAAUUGGAAGCUCUGUAUUUGGAACAAAAGACUAAAUUCUAUGAUGUAAUGUUAAUUAAUACCAAUGAAUGUCGAGCAAUAAACUCCAGUACAACUGCAUAAAA